CCAAAGCGGCAGCCCAGCGCAUAAAAGUCAUACAAUAUAAGACAACUUCCAGUCUGAAGCUCACCACUUGCUUAGGAUGGGGCAAUGCCUGGGACGCCCGAACGCGGGCGACGCCGCCGCGCAGCAGGCUUUCAGCGACGUGCGCAGCGGCGCGACGACAAGCAACACGGCCGGAACAAGCGGCGCACCUAGCAUGGCGACUGCCGGCACUGCCUACGCGACUCCGAACAGCAGGACCACGGGCAUUCGGGCCACGGGCGGCGGCGGUGCCACGGAGCAUCCCCGCUCACCAGCGGCAGCCACCAGCAGCCGCUCGACUCCGGCGGCGGCCACGCCAAGCAUGUCAGCCAUGAGCCCUCUGGACAGCAGCGUGGCCGCAUCUACCGGUCAUACCGGUCAGCGCCAUCCCGCUGCUGCCAGUGACGCCCGCGGGUACCGCACGGCAAGCCAGUCACACACGCACGAGCGGCACGGCAAAAACCUGGGGCCGGAUUUGGACGCUGUAGACGCUGCCGCCCCUUCCGCUCCUGCCGCCGCCCCCACCGCCCCCGCUGAUGAGCCGGUAGCGGAGGUGCGGGACUUGAAGGAGAAGCUGGCUGCCGCGGAGGGCUGGUGCAAAGAGAUGCAGAAGCAGUUGGACGCAGCCCAGGCCUCCCACGCCGCCGAGACACGUCGGCAGCGGCUGGAGGCUGACCUGGCGCAAGCCCGCCGGGAUGCACAGGCUGCCCAGGACCAGGCAGCCGCGGAGAUGCGGGAUUUGGAGGAGCAGCUGACAACCGCAACGCGCAAGCGCGAUGAGAUGCAGGAGCAGUUGAAGGCAGCCCAGGAGACCCGGCAGGCGCUGGAGGCCGGCCUACAGGCGGCUCAAGGCGACGUGGUGCAAGCACGUCAGCAGCUGAAUCAGCAAACGCAGCAGCUGGAGCGGGUGGCCCGGGAGCGACAGCAGGCGCUCGCCCAAGCCCAACAAGCCCGGGCUGCCCAGGAGCAGGCAGGCGCGGCACGGGACAAUGCGGUCCACGAGGUGAACGACCUGCUCACCCUGGGAGUCAUUGACCAGCCCAACCCGGAGUUGUUCAGGGGCCCUGUGCGCUUUGGCGCGGCGGCGCAUGCGCGUCUGAUGACCAUGGUGCUUGCCAGGGGAGGUACCGGACAACGACUGGGCCCCGGCUGGGCCUUCAAGACCGACACUGGAGCUAAGCUCCACAAGGCGAAGUGCGGCAACCAGGAGUCAUUCCACUGGUACCACUACUCGACGCUCACGGGUCGUAACAACACCGAAAUGGAGCUGUGCGAUAAACGGCAUUGCCAAUGGGCUUUCGAGCACGAGGAAGCGUACCUGGUGAACUGAGAGUUAUCAAAUCGCCAGUAGCGCACAGCAGGGGGUUGAUGUCAGUAUUCUGAUUGUGUGUGCGUAUGUGUGUGUGUGUGUGUGUGUGUGUGUGUGUGUGUGUGUGUGUGUGUGUGUGUGUGUGUGUGUGUGUGUGUGUGUGUGUGUGUGUGUGUGUGUGUGUGUGUGUGUGCGUGUGUGUGUGUGUGUGUGUGUGUGUGUGUGUGUGUGUGUGUUAGAAACAACAACAAAACGAAGCCCGCCCAAGCGGCGCCGGAGUUACUUACGGAUACCUACCGAAUACCGAGCGUCGUGUUGCCGCGUCGACCCCGGUAGUCAUACUUACCCGCGAAAAGCCUGUAACCCUCUCGGGCGAUCGACGAACGACCUGACCCCGAGUGGCACCCAUAUGCAUUGUAUGCGCCGCGCCCUGGGCGCGCUACAACGUUUACCCAGCACGCCUAAGUCCCAUAUUCCCGCCCGCUGGUCAUAGUCGAGCUCACCUACGGGCGACAGAGGAAGCAAGGGCAAAGGGCGGCAGCGAGGAAGUGUCACGGGUGUGUGUGUGUGUGUGUGUGUGUGUGUGUGUGUGUGUGUGUGUGUGUGUGUGUGUGUGUGUGUGUGUGUGUGUGUGUGUGUGUGUGUGCGUGUGUGUGUGUGUGUGUGUGUGUGUGUGUGUGUGUGUGUGUGUGUGUAUGGGGCAGGUUGGCGUAGUCCCGUGGUGUGCAGCGUAUUCCCAGACCCCAGCAUUCAACAAGUGGCUGGUCGAACGCAGGAGUUACUGUACCGACGCGUCGCUGGCUUGUUGGCAGGCUGAUAGUUUGCUGACGCGCGUUCCUCACGCUCCGGGCGCCCGGCCAGGCGAUAGCACGAGACACACAUACACCGCAAUGCCACACUCAUGAAGCAGAGCAGCAUCGCACCUGCAGGCAGGUGUCAUGAUCUGGCGGGUGACCGGACCGGGCACGGUUCGUGUCGGUCAGGCUGCCUUAGGCUUGCGUGUGUGUGUGAGUCGUGGGUUGAGGCCAGCUAAUUUGGGGCUGUUGCGGACGUCAUUAGAUGACUUGCCGUCAGUGUCUGGAGGUGUAGCGAGCUGACAGCGUCAGCUAGUUUGGCAUGGAGCGUACCCGGAUGGGGCCAGUUGCGCUCCCGCGUGCCCCAGUUGAGCGUCGUCGCCAGCUUGGAACGGUCUUACUCGUUCCGAGCUCUCUGGUACCGUAUCGCUUGCCAGUUAGCGAUUUCACAAACGAGACAAGCACAAAGCGUUGUCAUUAUUGUCUGUAACACACCGAGGUU